AGUAUAAAAAAAUAACCGGAUCCUCUGUCCACCCCCGUGAUUGGUGGUAGACUGUACAGAGAAGCGCGUGAUCUUCAGUCUCCCACUCUCUCUCUUCUUCUUCUUCCAUUAAAUCUCACCGCCUCUCACUCUACUGAAGCUUAAGUUCUCUAUCUCCUUCAACAAUGGCGAAACUCAUCAUCCUCCUUUUCUUCUCCUUACUAGCUUCCGCCACCGAAUCUCGCCUCUCCACCGACUUCUACUCCAAAUCAUGCCCUAGAUUCCUCGACAUUGUCCGCGACACCAUCACCACCAAACAAAUCACAACCCCAACAACCGCCGCCGCCGCACUCCGCCUCUUCUUCCACGACUGUUUCCCCAACGGCUGCGACGCCUCCGUCCUCGUCUCCUCCACCGCUUUCGCCACCGCCGAACGCGACUCCUCCAUCAACCUCUCCCUCCCCGGCGACGGCUUCGACGUCGUCACCCGCGCCAAAACCGCACUCGAGCUCGCCUGUCCCAACACCGUCUCUUGCUCCGACAUCCUCGCCGUCGCCGCCCGCGAUCUCCUCGUCACCGUCGGCGGACCUUACUACGAGGUCUCCCUCGGCCGCCGCGACUCUCGCGUCUCGAAAUCGUCUCUCCUCCGCGCCGAUAGCCUCCCUCUUCCGUCUUCUCCGAUCUCGAAGCUCGUCGAACAGUUCACAUCCAGAGGAUUCUCCGUUCAGGAGAUGGUGGCGUUGAGCGGGGCCCAUACCAUCGGGUUCUCGCACUGUAAAGAGUUUACCGACCGGGUUAACGGUACCGGGUAUAAUCCGAGAUUCGCUGACGCUUUAAGGAAAGCUUGUUCGAAUUACAAAAAUGACCCUACGAUGUCUGUCUUUAACGACGUGAUGACUCCGAACAAGUUCGACAACAUGUAUUUUCAGAAUAUUCCGAAAGGUCUCGGGUUGCUUGAGUCGGAUCACGGGUUGUACUCGGAUCCGAGAACCCGGCCUUUCGUUGAGCUAUACGCGAGAGACCAAGGUCGGUUCUUUAAAGACUUCGCAAGAGCUAUGCAGAAGCUGAGCGUCUACGGAGUUUUGACCGGACGGCGAGGAGAGAUCCGGCGAAGGUGUGAUGCAAUCAACUAAGAAGUUUUCACUCUUAACCUAAGAGAUUCUUGAUUGUUUGUUUUAUUAUUUAAAUUUUGGUGACAUUGUUAGAGGAUAAGUCUGAUAUUUGGGGGGAGAUUUGGUUGUUAAUGGUGCUUCAUAUUAGUGUUUUGUGUGAUGUGUCUAUAGUGUAUUCUUAUUGAUGUGUUUGUUAAUUCUUGUUAUUCAAGAACCUCAACAAAAGCUGCUUCUACGUGGCAUUUACCUGAAAGCUAGCUUAACGUUGUUGUUGUUCAAUCAAACUUUCAGACCAAAUGCUACAGCUUUCAGAGACAUAAGCACAAUCCUG